GGCGCAAACUUCACUGGGGGGGGGCACCAGGUAUCCCAAACUUACUAAAAAAAGUAAAGUACGAAAAAAGUCCGAGAGCAUGGCGGGGGAAGUCCCGCGAGGAAAUCCCCGCGUGCCUGGAAUAUUAUUUCGACAUCAUUGAGCAACGCCACAUUAUUACAUACGCGCGUAGACACACGGAGGCGCGCGCCUCUACACGGCUGACCUUCCACUACUACUACUACUACUACUAGGGCCGGGGGGGCUCUGUGUUGGAGCUCGCGGCGACGAGCAACCGGGAACAAACUUGGUCGUGCGCACUCGAGCGCGUGAGAUGCUGACGGAAUAGAGCGCCGGAGACGGACACGCGGCCAUGGAGGACGUGCAUCAGGAGACAGAGCCGCUCAGGGCCACGGGCAGCGCGAGCGACGCGCUCUGCACCACACGCGCUCUGAACACGAUGCUCCACGAGACCCAGAAGGAGGUGAUCGCGCUGGGCCAGCAGGUGCGCGCCAAGGACACGCUCAUCGCGGAGCUGCGCGCGCGCCUCGCGCGGUACGAGACGCGCGCCGAGGAGCCCGUGCUGUUCGCGCCUUCCGCGGGCCUCGUGGACAACCUGUGCCGCGAGAUCGGCAAACUGAAGCAGACGCUGAAAGAGACGGAGGCGCAGGCGGACGCGAGCCGCGCGGAAGUCCAGCGGCUGCAGCAGCGGGUGAGCGAGCAGGAACAGGAGAUGGUGGCGCUCGCGCUCCGGCCUGGUCAUGAGAAGGACCUGGAGAUCCAGCAGUUGCAGCUCACGCUGCAGGAGCGCGACAGGAUGCAGGCCACCAAGGACGUGCUGUGCACCUCUCUGACAGAAGAAGUGGAGCAGCUCAAGUUGCAGCUGGGAGCCACAGUGCGAGUGUGUCAGGGCCUCCUCAGGAGGUUCGACAGGGAGAAGCAGAGGUCUGACUUGGUGCAGAGCCUGUCCUGUUUGCCGGAGGGCGGAAAGCUUGUAGAAUCACAGGCCAGUCCUCAGGCAAGCAGCAUGGAAAACAAAUUGAAGGAGGAAAAUCAGCUGUUGAGGCAACGGGUGGCCUAUGUAGAAAGCCUGAAUGCCAAGUGGCAGAAGUACGACUCGAGCAGGGAGGAGUACGUGAAGGCCCUGUGCCUCAAGCUGAAGGAGGUCAGCCCCCAGGCUGCUCUGGGUCUGGCCCCAGCCAAUGGGGGGCUGCUGCAGCAGGAGAUAGCGCGCCUCAACCGGCUGCUGGAGGAGAAGAUGGCCGACUGCUCCAGGCUGAGCCGAGAACUGGAGGAAGUGAGGAGAGAGGACCACGAGCGCAUACAGAUGCUGGAGCAACAGGUGCUCACCUACGUGGAUGACUUCAACUCUGAGCGAGCGGACCGUGAGAGGGCACAGAGCAGGAUCCAGAGCCUGCAGGAAAAAGUGGACCACCUCCAGCAGCAGCUCCAUGGACAGGACCCCAGGGACUUGUCCUCAUCGUGUCGAGCACACAGCACGUGCCGGGCUCCGAGUCGCACGCACAUGGAUGCCACGGAACCGUUGGCGAGGAGCAGCAGCAGCAGCAGCAGCAGCGGUGGCAGCCAUCCAGGGAGCUCCCGGUCAGCGGGCCCUUCGGCACAGGGCUUGGGAAGGACUGAGCACAGAGGCCCCAAGGAGCUGCAGUGUCCACACUGCCGCAAGACGUACAAGGGUGACCGCACCCAGGAGUGCGACCGCUCAUAGCAGCCCCCAUCAUACAGUGGGGAUGGAACAAACAUUGAUGAUAAACUCACACUGUCAUUUGGGAGUACCAACGCAUAAGCACUACAGCGUCCAAGAGGUGUGAAGAAGGAGGGCUCUGUGAACCGAAAGCUUAUAUUUCGUAUUUCGAGUGAAGAGCCGCUAGAGGCUGCCCAACCAAACAUGCUGACGUGCCUUGUUUUGUAUAUUUUUGUGUUGUCGUUAUCAAGAUUAUAAAUGUAUGCAAGCUGUACUGUUUAAGCUAAGUUAUGUAAUUUAUACAGCAGACUGUUGCCCUUUCUUUGACGUGUGUAGGUGAUAGCCAGACCACGUCGUCAUUGCACACGUUUAGCCCGACGUCGACGUGCCAUUUGUCUUGGUUUGCUAUCACUGUUUUAAAAUGUUUUUGGGAUUGCACUUGUGGGGCACUUGACAUGCUGUUUGUCAUAAUGUAGUAAUAAAUAUUAAGUUAUAAAUUUCUAGUUAUAAAUAAUUUAACUAUUCAUGCCUUUAUAGUUCAUUAAAAAUCUUUUUUUGGCAAGUUUGGUGGUUUGUCCAGUUGGUAAGUCACCGAAUCCAGCGAGAAACUGUUUACUUAAUAUACCUCAACUAAAUAUGUACAACUUUCGUACCGAGUUGUGUUGAAACGCACAGACUGUAAAGACAUUGCAAACUCAUUGCACUUUGUGGAUUUAUAAGUAUUGUGUUUGGCACUGGCAGUGAUACCUGAAGAUGUGCAAGUUUUUUUUUUUUUUUUUCUUUUCUCUAAAAAUAUUACAGGGUAUUUCAUGAAGCCGUCAAUGUUCCAAUAGGAUGGUGUUGAUUGUCAGUUGCGUUAUGGACAUUGACGUGUUUUGUUCAGAUGGAUUCAGCUUUGCGUUCAUCUUUGUUGCUGACAUUCCCCAAAAAUAAAUACCAGUUUUGCAGUUCAGGCACCAGGUAGUGGGAAAGUUUGUUGUACUGCUGAUGUUAUAACUUGGUGUAUAAACAAUUUCCC